GUGCAACUGCUUAAAAUUUCCCCAUGUGACCACUGCUCCUCGACCACGUCCUCUCUCUCUCUCUCUCUCUUCUGCCCUGCGAACAUCGCCAUGGACAGUGGAGUGAAGGAGCUCCAAAAGAAGCUAGAGUCUUUCUAAUCCUCGUUAGUUUUCUGCGCCUUUUUGGUUUUGGGGCUUCUGGGCAGCUUAGAAACCAAGAGGCCAGCUCAAGCAAUUCGCCAAGUUCUCUCCUUUUUUUGGUUUUGCUGUUGUUGUCGAAGUCCCUUUUGCCCAGGCGACUUUUCUCAGCUCUGUAUUAUUAGGGACUCGAUCUUGAGCUGGUUGGAUAUUCUUUUUAGCUGAAAAUUAAAGUGCCCGCAUUGCAAGAAAGUGGGGGUUUUUUUAGGGGGGUCUCUCCUUGUAGGGCCAAAGUGUUUUAGUUCUCUGGGUGAAAAGGGCAGAUCUUUGGUUUGGUUCUUGGUUUAUGAGCUUCAAAACGAGAGGCACAGGCUAGUGAUACUGAUGCUUUUCCCCACCACUAACCUUUCGUUGGGGUCAUCCGAUGAGGGUUUACAACUAUUUAUCUUCUAUUUUUGGUGAAAUUCGACUCAUUUUGAUGUUCAUGCCUUCAACUCAGAUAACAUUUCCCUUUUGUUCAGUUCUGUUCCUUUUAUCAAGCUGUGUGCUUUCUUAGUAACAGGAAGUCAUCUACUUCUUUUAUCAACCCUCCAGCGUUGAUUGAAAUUAUUGGCUAUGCCCAAGAAAAACGCCAUACCUUGUUUUUUUUUUUUUCAUCUCAUUUGAUGCUCUGAACAGAAAGUCUCUAGUUUGACCUUCUCUCUGUGUUUCAGUGAACAUCUUCUUGGGCAAAAGCCAUAUUCUUCUUUCAUUUGGAGUUAUUACUUGUCGGUUCAAUUUGGAGGAGAGUAGUUGAGGAAAACCCAUCUGGGUCAUUGCUCUCCGGAUGCAAGAGCAAGCAAUUCGGAACAAUUACAUUCCUUUUUCCCGUUUCUUGAAGAUUCUAGAACAAGAGGAAGAAACCUAGUGCAAAAAAAGGUAUUUCUGCUGCUUUAUUAGAUUAUUUUGGAGUAUGGCAAGUGGAAUGGAGAACCAGGGGAAAGUUCCUGCAAAUUUGAAGAAAAAGCUUGCUCUUGCUGUGAGAAAAAUCCAAUGGAGCUACGGAAUCUUCUGGUCCAUCUCAACCAGACAGCCUGGGGUCUUGGAGUGGGGUGAUGGGUACUACAAUGGAGACAUCAAAACCAGGAAAACAAUUCAAGCCGUGGAACUUAAUACUGACCAGAUCGGUAUGCAGAGAAGCGAGCAACUGAGGGAACUAUACGAGUCUCUAUCUGCUGGUGAAUCCAGCCCACAAGUUAGAAGGCCUUCAGCAGCAUUGUCCCCUGAAGAUCUCACCGACACGGAGUGGUAUUAUUUGGUUUGCAUGUCGUUUAUCUACGACAUUGGCCAAGGGUUGCCAGGAAGAACUUUAACUACAGGUCAACCUACUUGGCUUUGCAAUGCCCAUUAUGCAGAUAGCAAAGUGUUCAGUCGUUCCCUUUUGGCAAAGAGUGCAUCCAUUCAGACUGUGGUAUGCUUUCCAUUUCUGGGGGGCGUGAUUGAGCUCGGUGUGACUGACCUGGUUUUGGAGGACCCUGGUCUCAUCCAUCACGUCAAAAGUACUCUUUUGGAAAUCCAGUACCCAACAGCUUCCAAGAAAUUCAGUGCUCUCAUUGGAGAUACGAGAAACCAAGACGAUGUUGAUAUUCUCGAUCAUGACAUUCUCGAUGCCAAAUUGGUUCCUGUGGUAAGAGAACUGGAUAUGGCUUCUCCAGACACCUGCUCAAAUGAUUUUGAGGCCAACCAGCUACCGGAGAAUUCAUUUGUGGUUGAAGUGAUAAAUGGAGUAGCUUCUCAAGCACAAAGUUGGCAGUUCAUGGAUGAUGAGUUCAGCAACUGCUUACACCAUUCCGUGAACUCCAGUGAUUGCAUAUCCCAAACCAUAGUUGAACCUACGAACUUAAGGUCAGUCCAAGACGAUGACAAGGCAAAUGACCCUCAAGGAUGUGAUUACACAAAACCAACCUUGUUGGAGAGUGAAAAUGGCGAUGUGCAUUACCAGAGUGUCCUUUCAUCGCUUUUGAAAACGUCGCACCAGUUGAUUAUCGGUCCACAUUUUCAAAGGGGUAAUAAGGAGUUGAGUUUUGUCGCUUGGAAGAAGGGACGGUUUCCGUCUCGGCAAACAACACAAGGUGGGACGCCGCAAAGGGUACUGAAGAGAAUCCUAUUUCAAGUUCCGCGGAUGUAUGAUAAUGCUCUUGAGUCCCCCUUAGAAGAUGGCAGGGAAAAUGGAGUUUGGAGGCCGGAGGCUGAUGAAAUUGGUCUGAACCAUGCAGUUUCAGAAAGGAAGCGAAAGGAAAAAAUAAACGACCGCUUGUGUAUACUUAAAUCAAUGGUUCCUUCGGUCAGCAAGGUUGACAAGCUGUCCAUUUUAGAUGACACAAUUGUGUACCUGAGAGAGCUCCAGAGGAGGGUCGAAGAGUUGGAAUCUUGCGGGAUUUCGAUGGAAGUAGAGGCAAAAUCGAGAAGAAAGCCCCAUGACAUGGUCGAGCGGACUUCUGAUAACUGUGGGACCCAUGUGACAGGCUCGGGCAAGAAGCCGUUCGUGAACAAGAGGAAGGCCAGCGACAUCGAUAGCAUGGAGCUGGAGACCAAUUCUGUGGUGCAGACAGAUGUGCCUGCCGAUAAUUUGACAGUCAAGAUUAAUGAUAGGAUUGUGCUGAUCGAGAUGCGGUGCUCUUGGAGGGAGGGAGUAUUGCUGGAGAUCAUAAACGAGGUGAACAAUCUCCAUUUAGAUUCUCACUCAGUUCAGUCAUCGACCAUUGAUGGGAUUCUGUACUUGACCAUCAACUCUAAGUUCACAGGGACCGCGGUAAUGUCUGCUGCAACAAUCAAACAUGCACUGCAGAGAUUCGCUCUGAAACGUGGAAAUUCAUCUCCGUUCUAAUAACUGCAUGUGGUUGUACACGAUGCUGCGAUAUUAGCUUAGUCCUGGACAUCGCAAGACCACUGUUGAAGUUUGUUGAGUAGUUUUUCACGACGGUCUCGGUAGAUAGUCUAAUAAAAUGUAGGCGAUGUCUGCGAACAUUGCAAUCUGUACUUAAUAUGAGACAUUCAUCACAUGCCCUUGUACCUAAGAGAAAUCAGUGACUUCAUCUGUAUUCUUGCU